CGGGACGACGGCGGAGGAUAAAGCGGCGGCCGAGGCAGCUUCAUUGUUGUGAAGAGUCUUAAAGGGGCCGUAUCACCCGGCCGGCCCGGUGUGGGGCGGGGGUGGGUGCGGCUGGGGUCCGCAGGCGGCUGAGCGCGAAGGAAGGACUGGAAGGCGGGCAGGGGGCGCGGGAGCCGGCAAAGCAGAGCGGGCAUCGGACCGACCCCCCCCCAACCAGGCCCCGCCCCGGCCCCGGCCCGGCUGGAUGGACCCCCCCGCGGCCAAGCGGAGCCGGGACUGCCCCGCGGGCCCGGAGGAACGCGACGCCGGGGCCGGGGCCGUGCGCGGCCGGGGCCGGCCCGAGGCGCUGCUGGACCUCAGCGCCAAGCGAGUGGCCGAGAGCUGGGCCUUCGAGCAGGUCGAGGAGCGGUUCUCCCGAGUGCCAGAGCCGGUCCAGAAGCGCAUCGUGUUCUGGUCGUUUCCACGCAGUGAGCGGGAGAUAUGUAUGUACUCGUCGCUGGGCUACCAGCCCCCAGAGGGCGAGCACGAUGCCCAAGUGCCCUUCACCCGAGGGCUGCACCUCCUGCAGAGUGGGGCUGUGGACCGCGUGCUGCAAGUGGGAUUCCACCUGAGCGGAAACAUCCAGGAACCGGGGGGCCCUGGAGAGCCUGGGCACGUCUACCACGUCUCCAUCAGCUUUGACCGCUGCAAGAUCACAUCGGUGAGCUGUGGCUGUGAUAACCGCGACCUCUUCUACUGCGCCCACGUGGUGGCCCUGUCGUUGUACCGCAUUCGGCACGCCCGCCAGGUGGAGCUGCGGCUGCCCAUCUCUGAGACGCUGUCCCAGAUGAACCGGGACCAGCUGCAGAAGUUCGUGCAAUAUCUCAUCAGCGCCCACCACACUGAAGUGCUGCCCACCGCCCAGCGCCUGGCCGAUGAGAUCCUCCUGCUGGGCUCUGAGAUCAACCUGGUGAAUGGCGCCCCAGACCCCACAGCCGGUGCAGGCAUUGAGGACGCUAACUGCUGGCACCUGGACGAGGAGCAGAUCCAGGAGCAGGUGAAACAGCUGCUCUCCAACGGCGGCUACUACGGCGCCAGCCAGCAGCUACGCUCCAUGUUCUGCAAGGUGCGCGAGAUGCUGCGGAUGCGGGACUCCAACGGGGCGCGCAUGCUGAUCCUCAUGACUGAGCAGUUCCUGCAGGACCCACGCCUGGUUCUGUGGCGGCAGCAGGGCGCAGGCAUGACAGACAAGUGCCGGCAGCUGUGGGAUGAGCUGGGGGCCCUGUGGGUGUGCGUCGUCCUCAGCCCCCACUGCAAACUGGAGGAGCGGGCAAGCUGGCUCCAGCUGCUUGGCAAGUGGGACAAACUGGACGUGUGCCCCCUGGAAGAAGGCGACUACUCUUUUGAUGAGCCCAGCUUACAGUCAACCUCAGCCCUCAGCCCAGGCUCCGAGGAGGAGGAGGAGGAAGAGGAAGUGGCUGCCGGUUCCCGCCACACUGUGUUCGGCCGCGCCCUGCAGGCUGGGUCUCUGCACUGGAGCGAUACUCACCUGCAGAAGAUCCUGGCCAGUGACUCUGAUGGCCCCAGCAUCACAAGCAACAUGAGCAGUGACAAACCAACCUUCGACUUCCAGGGACACCCAGUCUGGCUGGGCGAGCCCUUUCCCACUGCCUGUGCCCGUGUGGAUACCCUACGUGCCCACGGAUACCCCCGCCAGGCCCUGCGGCUGGCAGGUGCCAUAGUCAACACACUCCGGCUACAGCGGCGACAUCAGCUUGAGAUCUACAAGCAGCAGAAAAAAGAGCUGCUGCAGAAAGGCUAUACCUAUAUCACCAACAAGGAAGGAUGGGUGGGCCACCCCCUGGACCCCAUUGGCUGCCUCUGCAGGGCGCUCCUGGAGGCCUGUCGCGUGGAGGAGGAAACGCUCGCCCUUUACCCAGACUCAGGCCCUGAGAAGCGGAAGGUGGCCUACCAGCAUGUGCCUGUGUCCGGGAACCCUGGGGAGUCCUACUUGGCGCUGGCACUGGAGGUGGCACUGCUGGGUCUGGGGCAGCAGCGGGCCCUGCCCGAAGGGCUGUAUGCCCAGGACAAGGUGGUGCGCAACGAGGAGCAGCUGCUGGCGCUGCUGGAGGAGGUGGAGCUUGAUGAGCGGCUGGUACAGGUGCUGCGCAAGCAGGCGGGGCAGCUGCUGGAAGGAGGUCCCUUCAGCGGCUUUGGAGAGGUGCUGUUCCGGGAGAGCGUGCCCAUGCACACCUGUGCCCGCUACCUGUUCACUACGCUGCUGCCCCAUGAUCCUGACCUGGCCUACCGCCUCGCGCUGCGGGCCAUGAGGCUGCCUGUACUGGAGACAGAGUUUCCUGCUGGGGAACCUCACCCCAACCUGCUAAACUCCAUCGUGAGCAACCACUUCCCCCGCUGGUUCAUCCUUGGCCACCUGGAGACACGCCAGUGCGAGCUGGCCUCUGCCAUGCUGACAGCUGCCAAGGGAGACCCCAAGUGGCUGCACACAGUACUGGGCUCCAUCCAGCAGAAUAUCCACUCACCUGCCCUGCUUUUCAAGCUGGCACAGGAUGCCUGCAAAACGGCCACUCCGGCCAGCGCUCCACCAGACACCACGCUGUUGGGCAUCGCGCUGGAGCUGGGCCUGCAGGUGAUGCGGAUGACCUUGAAUACCAUGACCUGGCGGCGGAGGGAGAUGGUGCGCUGGCUGGUCAGCUGUGCCACCGAGAUCGGCCCACAAGCCCUGAUGAACGUCAUGCAAAACUGGUAUUCUUUAUUCACACCGGUGGAGGCAGCCACCAUCGUCGCCGUGACAGGCACCACUCAUGCCACGCUGUUGCGGCUGCAGUUGGAUGCGCCCCGGCGGGAGGAGCUCUGGGCCUGCGCCCGCACCCUGGCUUUGCAGUGCGCCAUGAAAGACCCACAGAACUGUGCCUUGCCCGCCCUCACCCUGUGUGAAAAGAACCAUGCGGCCUUCGAGGCUGCCUAUCAGAUUGUGUUGGACGCCGCGGCCAGCGGCCUAGGCCAUGCCCACCUCUUCACUGUGGCCCGCUACAUGGAGCACCGUGGCCUGCCGCUGCGGGCUUACAAGCUGGCGACACUGGCCCUGGCGCAGCUCAGCAUCGCCUUCAACCAGGACAGCCACCCCGCUGUCAACGAUGUGCUCUGGGCCUGCUCACUCAGCCACUCGCUGGGCCGGCACGAGCUCUCAGCCAUCGUCCCCCUCAUCAUCCGCAGCAUCCACUGUGCCCCCAUGCUCUCCGACAUCCUACGCCGCUGGACCCUCUCAGCACCCGGCCUGGGUCCCCUGGGGGCCCGCCGGGCUGCCAAGCCACUGGGCACAGACCGGGCACCGCUCUCUCAACUCCUAGAUGCUACGGUGGCGGCCUACAUCACCACCAGCCACUCCCGCCUCACACACAUCAGCCCUCGGCACUAUGGCGACUUCAUCGAGUUCCUGGGCAAGGCCCGCGAGACCUUCCUACUGGCGUCUGAUGGGCACCUCCAGUUUUCCCAGUUCUUAGAAAACCUCAAACAGACGUACAAGGGCAAAAAAAAGCUCAUGCUCUUGGUGCGGGAGCGUUUUGGCUGAGGGGCGGUGGGCAGGCAGUGAGGGAAACACCCCUCCUAUUGCCCCUGCCUCAGUGACACUCGCUUUCCACUGGGGGCCUCAACACUGGAGGCUCAUAUGGCAUUUCAGUAUUAAGUCAGGAAAGGGGCCCGGCUGGAGCUGGCUAGGUCAUCUUGCUUGCUGUUCCCCCCAGACCCUGCUGGAGUGGGGUGGUGUCCUGCCAUGUGCACGCCUAGAGUACGCGAGACCCAAGGAUCAGAAGCCAUACCACCACCCAGAAGCCUGAAAGGGGGUGUGUGCUCAGGCAGCUGGUAUGACCCUGUCUUAGCACCCCAAAAGCAAUAGGCAGGCUCUUCCUCCCCAAACUAGCAGGCGUGGCUUGGACUAGGUGUCAGGGGGCUGGGAAGUACGACUUGCCAGAAACCAGCUCUCAAAGUCAGUGUAACAGACCCUUCUGGCACCCUGCUCUGGGUGGCUUAGGGGGCUUGUAUAGGGCAUCUAAACCUCCUUUAGGACCCUCCCCUCACUGCCUCAGGGGCCCCAUUCUGCAGGCCAGCACCCCCUCCAGGCUGCCCAGCUGGGACCAAUGGCUCACUUCCACUGAAGGAUUUGAAGAAAGAGGCCUCAGGCUUCAGCCACAUACCUCAUCCCCCCAUCCCCAGCCAGCCAGGACUCCCAUUCCUGUGGGUGCCAGGGUCCCAGGCAGGGACCAUGGCUUUGGGGGGGGUCAUUGCUGUCCCUCCCCUUAACUGCUAGUCACUGGACAUACAACUCAGGAACUGAGCCAGGCUUAUGCUGUCCUCCAAACCCCGUGUCGGGAGAGGAGGGCCAGGGACCCCUGCCCCUGCUAUAGAAAGGAAAGAGGCUGGCAUCGUGGCAUUUUCUGGCUCUGUCCCCCUUUUCUUCCUCUGUCUCCCUGCGCCACUUCUUCAUCUUUCUCUCUCUCUCUCCAUUCAGCCUGUCUUUCUAUUUGUGUCCCUAAGUCCCAGCUGAUGUAUCUUUGGCCUCCCUUCCCCCUCUCACUUUGGCCCAGGGAGGAGGGAGGAGAGUGCCCCACCCCUAAUCAGCCCCCUCUAUCUUCUCUUGUAAUUAAGGACAAAGAUGUGUCAUUUUGUAACUUUUUUCUAUUUAUUGAACCGUAUAUUGUA